UCACUUUUGAUCACGACGUUGCGCGCUCAGUGAUUCAUGGAAUCGGUCCCUCGGUCUGCUGCAAUCUACGAUAUCCACUUUAAAAUAGUAGCUAUAUAGAUCGCUGGGAAAUCUUCAGCGGCUUUAUAUUUGAUGAUGCUUUAAUUGUAUAAACGAAGAGAUCGUACAAAAGAAGGUGAUAACAUAAGGCUAGGGAAAGUCCAAAAAAAGACGCGGCAUCGACGUGUACAUAAAGAGAGGUAGCGGCGGGUAUAGAAGUACGUAUACCUACACACACACACAAGUGUGAGAGAGAGAGAGGUUGAGAAAGAGAGCCAUAGCGGCACGACGAUUCGAUCGUUAGGCUGAGAGAGCAAGCAGAGCAGCAACAAAAUGGCAGCAGCGAGUACGAGCGAGGCUAGUUCCGACGAUAGCCUCUAUCCUAUCGCCGUCCUCAUCGACGAACUCAAGAACGAGGAUGUCCAGCUACGACUUAAUUCCAUUAAGAAAUUGUCAACCAUUGCCCUGGCUCUGGGUAUGGAAAGGACUCGCUCAGAACUCAUUCCCUUUUUGACAGAAACAAUAUACGAUGAGGAUGAAGUUCUUUUAGCACUUGCUGAACAACUAGGACAAUUUAAUUCACUUGUUGGUGGACCAGAAUAUGUGCAUUGUUUAUUACCUCCCCUAGAAUCCUUGGCAACUGUGGAAGAAACUGUUGUUCGAGACAAAGCAGUAGAGUCACUGCGCAAUAUAGCCAGUCAACACACUCCACAAGAUAUGGAGGAAUAUUUUGUACCAUUAGUGCAGCGUCUUGCUUCUGGUGACUGGUUCACUUCAAGAACAUCUGCAUGUGGUUUGUUCAGUGUUUGUUAUCCUCGUGUUAGCCAUGCAAUCAAAGCUGAACUAAGAAAUCAUUUCCGCAACUUGUGUCAAGAUGAUACACCUAUGGUCCGUCGUUCAGCUGCUGCUAAAUUAGGAGAAUUUGCCAAAGUUGUUGAAAAUGAAUAUUUGAAGUCUGAUUUGAUUGCUAUGUUUGUCAUUCUUGCACAGGAUGAACAAGACUCAGUUCGUCUGUUAGCAGUAGAAGCCUGCGUGAGUAUCGCGACUCUCCUUCAACAAGAGGACGUAGAACAGUUGGUAAUGCCGACAUUGCGUCAAUGUGCAACCGAUCAGUCAUGGCGAGUACGUUACAUGGUCGCCGACAAGUUCACGGACCUUCAGCGUGCUGUAGGUCCAGAAAUUUCUCGUACCGAUCUUGUACCAGCUUUCCAAGUACUCCUAAAGGAUUCUGAAGCUGAAGUUCGAGCCGCUGCUGCCGAUAAGGUGCGCGACUUCUGCCAGAACCUUGAUACUUACUAUCAAGAGACCAUCAUUAUGGCUAACAUCCUACCAUUUGUCAAAGAACUCGUUGCCGAUGCCAAUCAGCACGUCAAAUCUGCGCUUGCUAGCGUUAUCAUGGGACUUAGUCCUAUUCUCGGCAAACAGAACACAAUUGAACACUUAUUACCCCUAUUUCUAUCACAACUCAAGGACGAGUGUCCGGAAGUACGUCUAAACAUAAUUAGCAAUUUAGAUUGUGUAAAUGAAGUAAUUGGUAUCCAGCAACUUUCACAAUCUCUUUUGCCAGCGAUUGUUGAGUUGGCCGAGGAUUCAAAGUGGCGAGUACGACUGGCAAUCAUUGAAUAUAUGCCUCUAUUAGCUGGCCAAUUAGGCGUGGAAUUCUUUGAUGAAAAGUUGAAUUCUCUGUGUAUGACUUGGUUGGUAGAUCACGUUUAUGCAAUACGAGAAGCAGCGACGUUGAAUCUGAAAAAGCUCGUCGAAAAGUUCGGCCCAGAGUGGGCACAAAAUACAGUUAUUCCAAAAGUCCUUGCCAUGUCCAGGGAUCAAAACUAUCUUCACAGGAUGACCUGCCUAUUUUGCAUUAAUGUAUUAGCAGAAGUAUGUGGUCCAGAAAUCACAACAGAAGUAAUGCUUCCAACAGUGUUGGCAAUGGCCAACGAUAAUGUAGCGAAUGUAAGAUUCAAUGUUGCCAAGACACUCCAGCGGAUCGGUCCGUAUCUAAAGCCCAAUGCAGUACAGUCGCAGGUUAAACCUGUUUUAGACAAACUUAAUACCGACACCGACGUAGACGUCAAAUACUUUGCAUCGGAAGCAAUUGCCGGCAUUGCAGCAUAGGUUGAAAUAGCAAAUCACCGAGUGCAUUUACCACAUACUCCCAAUGUAAGCGAUAACAGUUUACAAUAUUGACAACAAAGAGAAAAAAACUAAGAAUACAAUGUAAACCACCACAUUGUUUCACAGGAGAGUACGCUACUUAUCAAAUCCAUCUAAAACAACGUGCAUUACGUGAAGGAGAAGAGUACCAAUGACCGUAGGAAAAAAAAAUUUGAAAAAUUUUAGAGAAUAAACAUAAAGUUACACGACGUUUUUAGUUCUGUUGUAUUUGUAUAUCUAUAAUAUUAAACUAAGUAUUGAAUAUUCGAUUUGAGAGGGUCUCGGAGCACAUUACAGGAAUCUACCUCCUAGAUUUCGUUAUUUAUUUAUUGUUAAACUUUUUGUAAAUAUCAACUCAGUAACCCUUCGAAAUGACUUAAGGUGGCUGGAUCAGAUAUUUACGAAAUUUGAAAAUUCAAAAAAAUUAUGAAAUCUACAAAAAUUUUGGUAAUUGUGUAUUCCUAGUACCCGUAUGUAUUUCAUAUGGACUCCUGUGACUCCGUUAUCCUCUUAAUUGGUAAACGUGUAUCUCUCGUACAUACUUAAUUGUCUUAAUGAGUAAAUAGGUACCUCAAACUUUCAGAUCCAUUGAUUUAUAACAACCGAAAAAAUAACCACGCAUUAUGUACUAACGUAAAUAUGUAGAAAUGUAGAAAAAAGAACAAACUUGAAGAAGGACUGUUUCUAAAACGAUUCAUCCCUUUUUUAAAUUCCUUCAAAUAUAACAACUUUUAUGUUUGAAUUCAUAUUUUACAAUUCAAAUAUUUUUUUAUUUACUUAUUCUCUUAUUGCAAUUUUAGCUUAUUAUCCCCUCUAUUAAUUGUAAAAUAUUUUUUGAAAAAAAAAAACUUAUUUUUUAUUUUUCAAUGGAUCGUGAAAAAUUUUCGUAUUAAUUACACUGUAUUGGAUUGUAUGGAGUAUGUAACAAAUAUUUUGUGAACAUAAAUGAACUCAAAUAAUUUGGAAAUUUAAUUUAAUAAUUUGUUUGAAUUGUAAUAUUAAUUUUAAGUGUAAUUAUA